UGACUGGCAUGGGUGCGUAGGUCGUAACCCUAAAAUCAGAACCAGCGAGUGGCAGUGACACAAUAAAUAUCCAUUCCUCUCGAACCACCUCAUUUCCCUCCACCCCUCUCUCUCUUUCACCACACACUCCCGCUCGCACGUUUAUCUUUCACAGCUCAUGGCGGAGGAAGAAGUUGCGGCACCUGCUGGCAGCCCCGUUCCCUCCGAUCACAAGCGCAAACUCGAAGAUCUGCAGCCCGAAACCACCGAAUCUAAUGCCAUCUCCAACUCCAACCUCGACGGCGAAACGGCCGAUGCGGCGGUUCCCGGAGAGACCGAGAACAAGCGUCCUCGCCUCGACGACCAGCGGGAUGUCCCCGCUGAUACAAACGGGCAUCAAGAUGAGCAAGAUGCUGAUCAAGGGAAUGAAACCGAGGAAAGAUCGGCUUUGGAGGAUGUUACUCCCGAGCCUGAUCAAUCUACUGCCAAAGAUCCGUCUGAGGCAACUGUUGUUCAACAAACAUCCGGUGAGAAUAGCGAGCAAGCUGAUGCCAGAGAAUCUCCUGUCGAGAACGCUGGACAUGAAAGUGCCGAGGAGCCUUCUAAAGAAACUCAACAAGAGUCUAAGGACGCAACUGAGCAAGAUACUUCUGGAGACAACCAACCCAGUGUGGAGGUUCCGUAUGAUAAGCAAGACGCUUCUUCUGAACACAAGCAAUCCGCGUCCGAGGCUGAGGUAACAACACGGAGAAUUGAGGUUCCUAACAACAAGGUUGGUGUACUUAUUGGGAAGGCUGGGGAUACUAUACGAUACCUACAAUAUAAUUCAGGUGCCAAGAUUCAGAUCACUAGGGAUGCUGAUGCUGAUCCCCACUGUGCAACAAGGUCUGUGGAAUUGAUAGGAAGUUUGGAAAGUAUUGAUAAGGCAGAAAAACUAAUGAAUGCCGUGAUUGCAGAGGCUGAUGCUGGGGGAUCUCCUUCACUUGUAGCACGCGGCCUCUCCCCUGCUCAAGCUACUGUUGGAUCUGAACAAAUUCAGAUACAAGUUCCAAAUGAAAAGGUUGGAUUAAUCAUUGGGAGAGGUGGAGAAACAAUUAAAAGCCUGCAGACCAAAUCUGGGGCACGGAUCCAGGUAUUGAUUCCUCAACAUCUUCCAGAAGGGGAUGAUUCUAAAGAAAGAACUGUUCAAGUUACUGGUGAUAAGAGGCAAAUUGAAAUUGCACAAGAAUUGAUAAAAGAAGUUAUGAAUCAGCCCAUCAGGCCAUCAUCUGGUGGCUUUGGUCAGCAGGCCUAUCGCCCACCACGUGGAUCUGGUGGCCCACCCCAAUGGGGUCAGAGGGGUUCUCAUUUCGGCCACCCCUCAGCAUAUGAUUACCAGCAUCGUGGGCCAUAUCCUUCUCAUAAUCAACCGUAUGCCCCUCCAUAUGGAAAUUACCCUCAACAUAUGGCUCCAAGAAGCAGCUAUGGUUCUGGUUGGGAACAAAGGCCUCACCACAGCUUUCAAGCUCCACCCCCACACAAUGGUGGUUAUGAUUAUUAUGGAGGACAAGGGGGUCAUUUAUCAGAUGCUCCACCAUCCACACAGCUUCCUAGUUCAGCCCCACCACAUGGUACUGGUCCUUCCCCUCUACCAUCUAUGGGUCCAGCCCCGACUCAGGUGAAUUACAACUAUGGACAGUCACAAGGUCAGGAUUAUGGUCAUCAAGCAGCUUAUUCUCAGGCAGGACUUCCUCAACAAGGUUAUGGACAGGGAUACGAGGAUUCCAAGUAUGAAAAUCGUGCUCCUACUCAACAUCCGUAUGCAGGACAUGUAAAUUCUCAAACGACAUACCCUCAGACUGGUGCUCAGCCUAAUUACCCUGCACCUCAGCAAUACGGCAAGCCUCCACUGUAUGGCAUGCCAUCACAGGGACAGCCACAACAAUCAUAUGGUCAUCCUAGAGCUACUCAACCAGGAGAAAUGCCGUAUCAGGGUUCUGCUCCUGCCCAGUCAUAUGGGACCAAUGUGCCUACCCAACAACCAUACCCAUAUGCUGUAUCUGGGCCAUCACAAACAGCAUAUCCUGGUUAUGGGUCUGCACCAGCUGCAGAUGGCUACAGUCAUCCGCAACCUGCAUCGGGUGCACCUUAUACCCAGCCACAACCCAGUUAUGGUCAGCCAGCUGCCCAACCUGCUGCCAGUUAUGCACAGGUCGGGCCCACUGGUUAUGCAUCAUACCCAUCUUCACAGCCAGGUUACCCUGAGCAGCAGGCUCCCAACAAUGCAGUUUAUGGCUACCAAGCACCCCAAGAUCCUGCUUAUAGCAGUGCUGCCGCACCAGCAUAUAGUACAGCCCAACCAAGUGGGCAACCAGCUUAUGUUCAACCCACUCAAGCUCAAACUGGUUAUGAACAAUCCAACACACAAUCCGCAGCUUAUGGGGCUGUACCGGCCACUGCUCCGGCUGCGUAUGGCAAGACAUUGUCACCACAGCCUGCUGCUUACCCCCAAUAUGACUCCACCCAGGUUUAUGGUGCUCCUCGAUGAUGUUUUCUAUGUUAACAACCAAAUUCUAGUAUUAGCAUGUUCUAAUUUUAUGGCUCCUAUUGGUGUAUCCUGCUCUGGAAUUGCCUGUAAUAUGUACUGUUUUACAUUAUGAACGUGGAACAUGAAAAUAUAAUUUUAAUAGGCCCCUGUGCUCUCAUGUUACAAAUUCUUAAAAAUCUAAGUUGCCUACGGCUGUUGUUUCUU